AGGGAAUCGGAAAAUACGACGUGACGCGGUUGUUGCUAGCCACAGUAUAAAUGUUCAUGAUGGCUAAAAAGGAAUUGGACGGCAACGAAAAUCAUAGUAUAAAAGGCGAAACUGAAGAAAACCAACGUAGAGCAUUGGCACAGAGAUUAAACAUAGCCGAAGAAGUCGGACCGCUAACAUUGCUGGACGUUAGGUCUUACAUGACUGCCGGAAUGGGCAGGAGCACACCUACCUUUGAUGGUCCCAAUGACUCAGUCAAUUUUGAUGAUGCGAUAAGUGCACCAACGCGUAUCAACGCAUCCGGAAGCAGUCCUAGCAACCAAGAUUUAGAGUUACCAUUGUAUGAGCCAUCUACAGUCGAUUCUUUUCGUACCGAUACCACUGAUGGACACACAACAGGCACAAGCUUCACACUUGAUGAACUUGAUAGGCUGGACAGCGCUAAAAAAGCAGCGCGGGAAAACGGCUAUGACUUUACAGACGAAGAAUGGAAAGAAGCCUUCGAUCAGCUAAAACGCACAGAGGGCAUCGAAAACGGCAAGGCAGUUGCUGACAAAUUGAUUCCAAUAAUUGAGGCAAAGAAGAAGGCAACACUAUCAGUGAUCAUUGGCCAAUAGAUUUAGACUAAUGAAAGAUCAAACAGAAGAAGUUAUGAUUGUGGAUAUAAAAGUAGAUAUACCAGAAACUUUCGGAAACACAAAGACCAUCAGCAUUAGAUACUGUACCUUUAAUUAAAAUCAUUUAAUUUAUUUAGCCCUAUUUGAACCUAUGGCAUGUUUUAUGUUAAACUUAAUGCAUUUAUUGAUAGCAUUACUAUAUGGAACAAUAUUUAUGUCAAAUUGUUCGAUCAGCUGCGUUGUAAUUGAAGUGCCGAGUUCUGCUUUGUAAAGUUAUUUGUUCAUUUAUACUUGAAUUAAUAUGUACGAUCCGUACUAAUAUUUUAAGUAAGGAAGAUAAGUUUGUAUGUAUAUAUGCCAUUUACUCCUAGACAGAUGACUGUGCAUGUGAUUUAUGAAACACUUUUAUGUAAUAUGACAUGUGUUUUCCUAAGAUCGUGUUAAUGUUGAUCGUGGUCCUAGGUCUCUUUUGAUAUAAUCAUAAUAAUUUAAAAGUCUAGUCCAUUAUUGUUCGAGAAUAAGCUAGUCAACAAACGCUAUAAUAUCAAAACCAAUACUUCAUGGAAGGAAAAAGGGAGACUCGCAUAUCAAAAUGAAAGCAAACUUUUAAAUCAGUAUUCAAUCAAAACAAAGACAUGUUUAACCACGUUCUUCAUGAAAUACAUUAAUUUCUUUGACUUCAUGGAAAAAACAUCAUACAUGUAUGUUACAAACUCUAAUACAUUUCUUUAACAUUGACUAUGAAAAGUUUAAAAAAAUGACACAAGUUUGGUAAUGACUUAAAGCUGCACUCUCACAGAUUCACCACUUUUACAACUUUUUUAUUUUUUGUCUUGGAAAUAGCAAUUUUUGCGUAAAUAUCUGUGAUUAUGUGGUAAAAUGAGUUGAGAUUAAGAUUGAGAUUUCAUUUAAGUAUUUUCGUAUUAUUUUGGCCAGUUUUUCCAUAGAUGGCACCAUAAGAACUUCUCUAGAGAGUGUGUUGUGAUAUAGCAGUGUAUAACCUGUCAGACACUUCCCUUUGAGUAAAAGCCUUGUUAACGUAUACCUGGAAUGCACGAGGUGGAAUGGACGGACUGGAUCUGUCGUUGAAAGCAUCCCAGAUCAUUUUGACAUGUUUGACAAAACAUCGCAUCCUUUACCUUAGACCCCAUAAAUGUUUGUCAGUAUGGACACACAUUUAUCACCACAACAAAGGUGUUUUUAUACAAAAUAAUUAAAUCAUUUCUUAAUGUUAAUGAUUGUUACCUAACUAUUAAUGGGCUUUGAGUACCAAAAUGACCUGGGAUGUUUUGUCCACCAUGUCAAAAUGAUCUGGUAUGUUUUGUCCACCAUGUCAAAAUGAUCUGGUAUGUUUUGUCCACCAUGUCAAAAUAAUAUGUUGGUGGUCACAUCUGUCAAAAAUGGCAUGGAAUGUUUUUUUUCCAUGGGAUGUUUUGUCCUAUAUUCGCGACCAAGAUACAACGCCUUUUCUGUUGGCGAGUGUCUCUAGGUACCUUCUAGACAGGUUAUUACCCUGGCAAGUCAAAGCAUGUGCUAAAGGAAUACUAGAAUAUUUGUUUCAACAUUUUUAUGUAUCAUAUAUUUUAUUACAUUUUUUGUACUUAUUGGAAAGCUAGUAACUUUUACCUGAUUGGUAUUUUGUAAUGAGAUUUUGGUUUGUAGUGUGGUUUAGUGUUGUAACUUUUAUUGUAAUAUCUUUCACGUGCAUUUAUUGAUCAUCUGAUUUGCUAUUGCUUUCGAUGUAUGUGAUAAUAGCAGGAUCUGUUUUGCUUUCAAGAACAUAUACUAUAUAACUUCGCACAUUAAUUUUUGUAUCAUGAACAGGUCGACCUUUCGUGACCUUUCUGUAGGAAGUUUCGCAAGAAAGACCUUUUUCAUGAAUAUGUAAAACACGAAUUAAAAAAUCUCGAUAAUUCUCUUGAUUAACCCGAAAACUAUUAAACCAAAAUCAAUAUAACUCUAAAAAAGAAAGUAAUUUUAAGGUGAAAAUUUAAAUAUAAGAAUUGAUUCUUAUUUUACGUGCGUUCAUGCAAUAUGAACGCUUGGUGGGCACUUAUCAAUUUUCCAAGAAGCGCUUUCCUGUAUUUGAAAAUCGUUGACGAGCGUUUAGACUGCACGAACACACAUCCUUUAGUAACGUCUUGACAAUCCCAGCAGCCCUAAAAAUAAUUUUGUCGCUUUAAAUAAUGACACACUGAUCUAAAACAAUUGUAUUUCCGUCUUCCUGUCUAACUGCUGUUAAUGUUGAAAUGUCGCAUUGAUCAAAAUUAACUUGGGUUAUUGUUGUUAUGUGUAUUAUCACAAAAUGUAAAAUCCAAAACACAUUUUAAGUGUUAACCACUUGAUAAAGUUUAGAAUAUCGGAUAUGUUUACCAAUUAAUGUGUGUGUUAAGCAAAGAAAAUAGGGUGGAAUCAAUGUUGAUAUCAUUUUGCUUGAGCCGAUAUAUAACCAUACUUAUCAUAUAUGUUUUACAAUGUGGUCUCAAGUUUUUAACAUAAUCAACUGAUGAUCUCAUGUACCUUUACAAUGCCUAUUUAAUAAGAUGAGUGUAAAACAUGACAUCAUUAUUUUUUACGUCGAUGUGUGUAUGCAUUUAUUAUUUCUUUAAAAUAUUGAGCCUUAAAUUGUAUACCAUUUUUCUACAAUGUUUAUUCUAUAAAGCAUUGUGCAGUUUUUCACAUUUUGUAUUCAAUUAUAUUUAAUAUAUUCUGCUUACAGAUAUACGAUUGUCAUGUUUAACAAGAAGUACUGCUUUUCAAAGUCACUCCAUUUGUAAAUAAAAAGUUAUUAUCGAUAUUUAAUAUGUUGACUCCAUGAUAAAAGUCUUUUUUUGCAAUUUCUAUUUCGAAUUCAGUAUAACUCAAGUGAUAAAAAAGUGUGUAUCUGAUAAUCAGUUUCAGAUUAUUGGCAAUAUCAGCAAAUACAUGCUUUUGUCAAAACACAAACAAAAACAAUAUCUCCUUGAUAACUACUAGUAUAAGGUACACAUUUUUAUCUUUCAUAUAUAUUAGUGAUAAAGUUGUGGUUGGACUGACGAACAAUGACUUCGAUCGUGGAUCUACAACAUUUAUUAACAUUGAUAACAUUUUAUUAUCACUACUGAUUAUUAAAGAUGGACAUUCUAUGUUAAUGUUUUUGCUCAGAUGUGUUUUUGCUCUAGUAGUUGUUCAAGUGUUGUAUUCAAAACAUUAAAAAAACAUAUAACCUCUUAUUGACUAUUGAAAUGGCAGUUGGAAAUUCAAAUAACUGUAUUCCUUUGUGAUGUUAAUUGUUUUGCUAAAAUGUGUUAUUAGCUCGAGUAUUUGUUCAAUUACUGUAGUCAAAACUUUCAAAGAAACCAUAUGACCUAUCAUUGACUAGUGAAAUGGCAGAUGAAAAUCAAAAUAACUUUGUUUAAUUUAGGAAGCUCUUCAUA